AUCCAACAACCGAGAAGGAGGAGGAGGGAGGGAGGGAGGGAGCGAGCGAGCGAGAGUGCUGACGAUGCAGCAGGCGAUGUCCUUGCCCCCGGGAGCGGUCGGCGCGGUGUCCCCGCCGGCCGGCAUCACCACCGAGCAGAUCCAAAAGUAUUUGGAUGAAAAUAAGCAACUUAUUUUGGCCAUCCUUGAAAAUCAGAACCUAGGAAAGUUGGCUGAAUGUGCUCAAUAUCAAGCUCAGCUCCAAAAGAAUCUCUUGUAUCUAGCUGCUAUCGCGGAUGCCCAACCACCACAGAACCCUGCAAGUCGCCCCCAGAUGGUGCAGCAGCCUGGUAGUAUGCAAGGUGCAGGGCAUUACAUGUCACAAGUACCAAUGUUCCCUCCAAGAACGCCUUUAACCCCACAGCAGAUGCAAGAGCAGCAGCAAGCCCAGGCCCUUUCUUUCCCCGCCCAGAUGGUCAUGAGACCAGGCACCAUCAACGGCAUGCAGCUGCCUAUGCAAGCAGCCGGCGACCUCCAGCCAGCAGCAGCACCUGGAGGUAGCAAGCAGGACGCCGUAGUGGCUGGGGCCAGCUCGGAACCAUCUGGCACCGAGAGCCACAAGAAGGCGGGAGCAGAAAAGGAGGUGAGCGCUGAUGUAGCAGAACAAUCCUAAGCUGUUAGUGUUAGGCAAACAUAACGCCAUGUAUUAUGUAUACUAUAAGAAAGAAAGAAAGCUCGUCUUAUCUGUCGUUUAGAACAAGCUUUUAGAUUGAUGAUGAUGAUGAUGAUGAUGAUGAUGAUGAUGGUGUGUUCUGUCCGGGAUUGUUAUCUCACUCACUUUAAAUUGUUGUAGGCUUGUACUAGCAAUUGUGGAAUAACUCGCCAGCCCGUUGUCCAA